CAGUAAUUGUGUGCAUGGCUCUGCUGUGCAGGGUGGGUGGAGGCAAAAUUGCUAUCAAAUAAGGGCAUCAAACUGAGAUCUGAGAGUUGCGUUUAAGUUGUUGCUCGUUUUUAUUAGCCCCACCAGAGUGAAAACCUUGUAACUUAAAUGUCUUCCAUACAAGAACAAUAAUCCUGAUCGAUUUAAAUUUUUUUCUCCAAAAAGACUGAUUUAGUGCUCCGUAGUGGAUGUAAAUGAAGAGGUUUCUUUAUCCUCAUUUUCUUUUAUUAUUGACAAGUCAGACUUUAGCUCAGUUAGAUAAAAGAGAGAGGUUCUGUUGUUUGGACUUGAGACCUUUAAUGAGGAUGAGAGCCCCUGGGGAGCCGAAAUCGGUUCUGCUUUGGGGGUUUCUUGCCAUUUCUUCAGUCGUUCCUUCCUUUCCAGUGGGCCUAGGGUGUGGGAACUAUCCAAGGUGCUAGGAUGCUGGCAGCUCUGCUGCUCAAUGCAGGCGGAUUGCAGAAGCUGAGGAGAGAGAUUACCGCUUAUUUGAGAAGAGCAUGAUCAAAUGAGGUACCUUAGCCAGCUUGGUGAUUGCUUCGGGUCUUGCAAUCAUCUGUGUAGCAAAGUGGGUAAAAAUCAUUCAGUUUCUUCCCUGCUGGACCUGGAAGGAGAGGGGUUGUGCGCUCAUCCCCACCCAUUAGCUAUGCCCUCUUUUCUCUGAAUGUCGAUUUAACGAAGCAAGCACCUGUCUUCUGCCACUGCAUCUUCCUUGCAAACUUUAAAAGGCAUUUUAUCCUAUAGAGAGAACAUCGAAAACCCUCUGAUCUCUAGUGAUGAAGAAUCUUGGAUUCGACACUUUUCACAUCCAGAUAUAAUGCACUUUAAUUGAAGAAAUACUGAACUGAACCUACAAGUCUCUUUCUUAUGGUGCUGGAUUACUCCUACCGAACUGCCCCGAGACCAGCCCUGAGAGAGGGCUCUGACAGACCCAACUCACCUCCUGACUAUUCCACUUAGUUCUCCCCCGGGGACUUAAUUUUUGUCUGCAGAAAGCAUCCCGUCUCCAUGAUACCUUCCAAGAUGAUGAGUGCUAAUCCUGAAGAAGACCCUUUGGACACUUUUUUCCAGUAUAUUGAGGAUAUGGGAAUGAAGGCCUAUGAUGGCCUGGUUAUUCAAAAUGCGUCCGACAUUGCUCGUGAGAAUGAUCGCUUGAGAAAUGAGACAAACCUGGCUUACCUGAAGGAGAAGAACGAGAAACGUAGACGACAGGAAGAAACAAUCAAACGCAUAGGAGGAGAAGUAGGGCGAGGCCAGGACGCCAGCUACGCGGGCAAGCAUUUCCGCAUGGGGUUCAUGACAAUGCCUGCACCUCAGGACAGACUCCCACAUCCCUGCUCCAGUGGCUUCACAGUGCGAUCUCAGUCCCUGCACUCCGUCGGGGGCACUGAAGAUGACAGCAGCUGUGGAUCACGGAGACAACCACCUCCCAAGCCCAAACGAGACCCCAGUACUAAGCUUAGCACCUCAUCUGAGACAGUCAACAGCACUGCAGCCAGUAAGAGUGGGAGAUCGCUGGAGAGAGCAGAAGGUAAAUUCACCGUGCCCGCUUCCCAUUCACCUCCAAGGGCUUCAGCUUCAGGACACCUGUUUCCUUCCCCUGGGUCCCAGGACAGAAACAUCAAGGUGUCUGCCAAGCCAAGACCCCACAGUGACGAAUAUUCAAAGAAAAUUCCUCCUCCAAAACCGAAACGGAAUCCUAACACUCAACUUAGCACGUCUUUCGAUGAAACCUACAUCAAAAAGCAUGUGCCAAGGAGAACCUCUCUCCCACGAGAUUCAUCCCUGUCCCAGGUCUGCAGUCCCGCGGCAGACCCUGAAGAAGAGGAGCCUGUGUACAUCGAGAUGGUGGGGAACAUUCUCAGAGACUUCAGGAAGGAAGAAGAUGACCAGAGCGAGGCUGUGUAUGAGGAGAUGAAAUAUCCCAUUUUCGACGACCUGGGCCAUGACUCCAAAUGUGACUUUGAUCAUCACAGUUGCUCUUCGCAGUGUGCUACUCCCACGGUGCCUGACCUGGACUUCGUCAAGUCUUCAGGACCAUGUAAUCCCAAGGGUCUGCUUUGUGACAUACCCCCGCCCUUCCCCAACUUGCUUUCUCAUAGACCACCCCUGCUGGUGUUCCCACCGGCCCCAGUACACUGCUCUCCCAACUCCGAUGAGUCUCCGCUGACCCCUCUGGAGGUCACAAAGCUUCCUGUAUUGGAAAAUGUGUCUUACAUGAAACAACCACCUGGAGCAUGUCCAUCCUCACUGCCAUCUCACAGCUCCAGCCAUGCUAAAGACCAGACAGGAGCCUUGGGUCCUGCUCCUGGAGCAUCCAUUCUCUCUUCUUCCCCUCCACCUCCAUCCACUUUGUACAGAACCCAGUCUCCCCAUGGCUAUCCAAAAAGUCAUUCCACCUCCCCGUCCCCUGUCAGCAUGGGGAGGUCCCUGACGCCCUUGAGCCUCAAGAGGCCUCCCCCUUAUGAUGCUGUGCAUUCCGGCAGCCUCUCAAGGAGUUCUCCCUCAGUGCCUCACAUGACCCCAAGACCCGUGUCGCAAGAUGGGGCCAAGAUGGUGAACGCUGCGGUGAACACCUACAGCGCUGCGCAGAGUGGUUCCAGGUCCAGGACACCCACCAGUCCUUUGGAGGAGCUCACCAGCCUCUUUACCUCAGGGCGGAGCCUGCUGCGGAAGUCAUCCAGUGGCCGAAGGUCCAAAGAGCCAGCAGAGAAAUCCACAGAGGAGCUGAAAGUUCGAAGCCACAGCACGGAGCCGUUACCAAAGUUGGACAGCAAAGAGAGAGGUCAUCAUGGAGCAUCUUCGUCUAGAGAGCCAGUGAAAGCUCAAGAAUGGGAUGGAACCCCAGGUCCACCUGUGGUCACCAGCAGAAUGGGCAGAUGUUCUGUGAGCCCCACCUUGUUGGCAGGAAACCACAGUUCAGAACCUAAAGUAAGCUGCAAGCUAGGCCGGUCUGCAUCUACAUCAGGAGUUCCUCCUCCAUCAGUCACUCCUCUCAGGCAAGCAAGUGAUCUGCAACAGAGCCAGGUGGCAUGCAUGCAGUGGUUUCAUGGAGACCAUACAAUGCUUGAGAUGAUUGAGAAAAAGCGUUGCUUGUGCAAAGAAAUAAAAGCUAGACAGAAAACGGAAAAGGGCCUUUGCAAACAGGAUAGCAUGCCAAUCCUACCGAGCUGGAAGAAGAAUGCAGGAGCAAAGAAGUACAGUCCUCCGCCAUAUUCUAAACAGCAAACGGUAUUCUGGGAUACUGCCAUAUGAGUGUGUGCUGGCAUGAGAGCCACGCUGCUUAAUUCAAGGGAGGUCGACUUGGUCUUGUGAUAAUUAAUUGUUCCAUAUAUUCUUUGUUGAUGUGGAAUCCCACAGGAAGCUGUGAGUACUGUGGCACACCCAAGAUAAAAUGUGUUUGUUCUUGAAGUUAAAGGCACACUUACUUAUCCUGGAUUAUUUUGAAUCCAGAAUAUAUUAAAUUGUAAAUAUUUUGCUAGUUUAUGAGUGACACCUGAAAUAAUAAUCAUUAUACAUAUUUAAGUUUCAGAAACAUCAGAAAAGUUUAUUAGAUGAUAUAAUUUGGUAUGAACUGCUUUGUUAUCUCUUUUAUAUGUAACCCCCUGGAUGCCUUUUCUUAUUAAUUUUUGCAUUUAAAAUGUCUUUGUCCUCCUACCCACAUUUGGCUUCUAUAGAAGAGCUCACAGGUAUAAGUCCUAUUUAAAUACAUAAUAUGUGAUCUGGUGCUAGCAAUUCAGAAGUUGAAUAUCCUGUUUGUAAAGAUUAUCUGCUGCUUUCUAAGUUUGUAAGGGAUUAAUUGGGAGUGAAUGAAAGUAUGACAUCAGUCUGAAUGCCCAUGUUACAUGGACAGUCUUUCCUAUAGUGACUUCAUAAGGAUUUCAUUCAUACCAUUGCGUCUGCACUUAGUAUUAGCAAGUCAGACUACAGAGAAAAGUAGAAGGAUACAUUGAGACAUUGCAGCAGCAAACAUUCCUUCAGAAAUGAGGUUUAGGGAUGUGUGUGUGUCCUUGCAGCAUGGAUCUGAUUGGAGGAGACCAGGGUUCACUGUGACAUUGGAAGUAACAAAGAUUCAAAACUGUAAGAGCCCAGCUGUUUUCAAAAAAGGGGAAGAAGAGGCAUUAUAGACACAAUGUUUUUAAGUAAUAUUUUACAGGCAUGGUUUUCCAGAAGAAAUAAAGAAAUAAACAUUCAACUUACCAAUUUGCAUAUUUUAGUAUAUUCCAUGCCAACCUUCCUCAAAAUUUAAGUCCAUUUAUGGAAAAGUAUUUCUUGCCAAUCUUUUAAAGUUAAUUAUUACACGCUGGGGUCAUGAUCUUCUGUGCAUAACUAUUGUACCCAUUCUUACUGAUUAUGACACCAUGACCAAAGAAUUAUGACCACUUCAUUAUUUUAUUUUGUUUUAAGGAAGAAAUAGGAAAUGCAGGGGAUAAAGGAUAGGGUGGACUCAACUUUAUGUGGUGGUAAAAUUUAAGUUAAGAAA